AUGGCGGAAGGAAAUUUGAGCCGUUUAACUGUCUUUGUUACUAGUAGAGCUGUCAAUGAAACUGUCUUUGUUACUAUUGUAUAUGGUGCAUCUGAGGUGAUUGACCGUCCGAUUUUGUGGACUACACUGGAGACACUCGCACAGCAGUGCUCAGACAUCCCGUGGCUGGUGGGAGGGGACUUUAAUGCAGUGCGAGAACUUAAUGAGGUAUGUGGCAUUUCAGGAGAUAUAAGGAUGGCCACAGAAGAAUUUAACACCGGAAUUCUGGAGGCGGGCCUGAUUCCACUUCCAAUGCAAGGUGAAUGGUUCACAUGGCAUAAUUGCAGUACAACCGCGCGGAGUUUAUGGAAGCGGUUGGAUCGGAUCCUUAUUAAUGAUCGUUGGCUGGCAAGGUUCCCUACCUCAUCCUAUCACAGCCUUACACCACGGAUGUCUGACCAUUCGCCACUGGUUCUACAUGGGGAUACACAACAACAUAAUGGAGGAGGUAUGUUUCGAUUUGAUAACUAUCUGGCCCGUUCACCUGAUUUCAUUCCCAAUGUGCAGAACAUUUGGCAUCAUGAGGUUGUUCGUAUACCUAUGUAUGCCGUGACCCGUAAACUGAAGGCAUUUAAACCGGUCUUCCGACUACAGAGGAGGAAUAAGGGGGAUAACGUCCAAUUAGCAAAAAGUUUUCUCGAUGAGGCACAACAAUUGGUGAGCUCUGACAGACAGAAUGAGCUCUACUUACUCCUGGAACAUUGCUGUCGAAUAAUUUAUGCUAAAGCGGCAAAACUCGAACAAAUUAUGUUGCAACAAAGAGCUAAAAUGCAGUGGAUGAAAGAUGGAGACCAAUGUUCCCGGGUUUUCUUACGUAAGAUCGCUCAGAGACGAGUAAUGAGGAGAAUCUUGCAGAUCAAUGAUGAGAAUGGUACCACACACAUGGAUCAAGGAGAGGUCGCCCAUGAGUUUAUCUCAUACUUUCAGAACCUUUUAGGAGGUACCAGACGACAGGUCACAGUGGAUAUUCGAUACCUUAGACCAUGGGCGAGGCACUGUAUUACUGAUGAGGAAGCUAGCCACUUACUGCUACCAUUCUCACCGGAUGAUGUGAAGCAAGCAGUGUUUGAUAUCGCUGAAGACAAAGCGCCGGGACCUGAUGGUUACUCGUCAGGGUAUUUCAAGGCGGCUUGGCCUGUGGUGGGGGAAGAAGUAACGAGGGCGGUUCUGGACUUCUUUACUACGGAAAAACUACUAAAACAGAUCAACUCCACGAUUUUGACACUAAUACCAAAGAGACCGAAUAGCUUGCUAGACAAGAUUAUUAGCCCCUGUCAGACAGCUUUUAUUCCGGGAAGAAGCAUUGGUGACAACAUUAUGCUAGCCCAGGAACUAUUGUCAGGCUAUAACCAGAUGCGCCUACCUCCCAGAUGCGCGCUUAAAGUGGAUAUCAGAAAGGCAUAUGAUACGGUGGAAUGGGACUUCUUGUUAGCAGUUUUGCAGUUAUUCGGAUUCCCAACUAAGUUCACAAGUUGGGAUUUGCAGACGACCUACUACUUUUCUGCAGAGCUGACUUUGACGCCAUCAGAGUAUUCAAGGAGGGAUUGGAAUGGUUUGCGGAAUUGUCGGGCCUUUGGCUGA